GCACAAAUUUAUUUUGACAUUUACGGUGCGAAAACAUUGAAGAAAACCGUCAAAGUUUCUAGGUGAAAACAAAAACAUUCGGCGUACAUUGUCUGCUGUGGACGAAGCCUGCAAUCGUAAUUUGUGUCAAUAGCAACGGAUCCGUCCACAUCCAAUUCAAUUCCGCUUGGAGAACACAUUCCGCAGCAAAACGAUAAAUUCCAAAAACAAUGGACUCCCUGUUGGACGGAGAUCUGUCCGACGACAAGGCUCCAACGGGAAAAACACUCGAACGAUAUCGGAUGUGCUAUGAUGUAUUCAUCAAAUGGCACGAAUCGAACGCAAUGGCUGGGUUCGACGAAGACGUCCUGUUGGCUUAUUUCAACGACGUGGCCAAAACGAACAAAUUCUCGACGCUGAUGAGUAUGUACUCCAUGCUGAAAAGGACAUUGUCCAAACGCCACAGCAUCGACAUUGGAUCGUACAGUCGAUUGAUGGAUGCAAUAAAGGAGCAUUCUGUGGGAUACGAACGGGCAAAACCGAAAGUUUUCACGGUCGAAGAGAUUAAUCGAUUUAUGGUGGAAGCACCGGACGAGCAUUACUUGGCGAUGAAGGCUAUAAUGGUGUUCGGAGUGGCUGGCGGAUUCAGAUGCGAAGAGCUGCAGAACGUCAAAAUCGACCACGUCAAAGAUUGUGGCACCGAAAUAAUUGUUACCGCUCCACGAAAUCGCCGGACCGUACCGGAAAUGUUCCUGAUUAGUGGAGAAUUUGCAAAAGUUGUCCAGAAGUACAUGCAACGGCGACCGGUUAAGGUGACGACCGAUCGAUUUUUCCUGCAGUACAGCCAAGGUGGAUGUGAGAAUCAAGUGAUUGGGAGAAAUCGGUUCGGCAUUGUGCCCAAAGAAAUUGCCAAGUUCUUGAAAUUGGACGAUUACAAGGCCUACACCGGACACAGUUUUCAGCCGACCAACUUUUUCAAGAGAAACCGACGCUGGGAAGAGGCCAAAGUAGUGGAAGCGAAAUUACAACGAUUCCAGAGCUGUAAAAAUGCGCCGCAAACGACAAAGCAGAUUUCUGCGGUCACAAAACCAGAUCCACUAAAACGCCGAGCUGCUGCUACAAAAGCUGGUGCGUUAAUACGACUGACUGCUUCUGAUCAUAGCAGCACCUAUAUGGAAAACGUAAUCAUAAAGUCUGAAUUUGGAGAGACUACAGCUCCGGCCGACGACAUAUUCUACGAAUUCACUGCAGUGCAUCCACCCAAAACGGAAACGAAUUACGAACCAAUUGUACCUAUGUUACCGGCAACAACGGCAUUGAUGAAACGCCGGUCGAAAUAUUACCUUGGACUACAGCCCAAUCAGUUUUUGCAACUGAUGCAAUUGGUUGGCGAACGGAAGCUCAUUUCCGAUGUGAAAUUGCUACUGACGCUGCGCAAACUUCGGCUGAAUGAGGAAUUUGACGUACUCGCCGAUGCAUUCGAUUUGGAAAGAGCGACAGCCGAACGAUACUAUCAGGAGUCGAAGCAUGCAGUAAUUGAUCUUGUCGAUGGACUGGCCACUGCCAAAACCUCUGCCACAUCAAACAAUUUCACGGCAUUCGUUGAACCAAUAAUCAAGAUCGAAACGAGCGAGAGCAUGUACGUGCCGGAUCCGAUAGCAGUUGAAGCAUUCAAUGACUCCGAUAGCGAACCGAAUGCAGACGACCAGGAUGACUUUGAAAUUAAUUUGCCUGAGAUUUCGACGGACGAGGAUCGAGGCUUUCUGUCGCACGACAUUAGACGACGGACGGCUGAAUGCACCGUUUGCCAUAAAUUAUUCGUUCCGCGGCUGCUCAAUUCGCAUAUGGACAAUGUCCAUUUCAAUUUGGCCAACUUGAAUCGCACCAUUUGCGGCCUCUGCUGGCAGGAAUUCGAAACGGAACGCUUGUUGAAGUCGCAUCAGAAAGAUGCACAUGGCGGCGGUAGCUGCGCUUGCGACAUUUGCGGCAAAACAUUCGCUUCGAAGCGAUACAUCAGCGCGCACAUUUUGACCCGACAUGCCCAAGUGAAAACGUAUCUGUGCGAUACGUGCGGCGAAGGAUUCCCGGUACCGUAUUUGUUGCUGGAUCACAACAAACGGAAACACAACGAACCGGGACACCCCUGCCAUAUGUGCGAAAUGAAAUUUAUGACGGGGCUAUCGUUAAGGGAUCACAUAGUGGCACGCCAUACGAAUGAGCGACCGUACAAGUGUCAGGUUAGAGGCUGUGGUAAAACAUUCAGUUGGCCGUCGUCGUACAAAUCUCAUCGCAGAGUGCAUCUGGGCGACGAUAAAUUUGAGUGUUCCAUUUGUUUGAAGCGAUUCAGUUUUAAGGGAAAUUUACGGAAUCACAUAAAGACCAUCCAUAACCAGAUCGUGGACAAUCAAUGCCUUAGUAAAUGUAAUUGAACAAAACGUGUAUGUACUAAAACUGCUGUCAAUAAAAUACUAUUUGUAACAU